AUGGAGCUUGCGGCUAGUAUUGAGCCUUUUCUUUGCCCCCUAGCCGCGUUCCUCGACCCCAAUGACAAUGAUUUCUAUCGGUUGUGCCAAGCAGAGCACAAUGAGCUUGUAAACGAGAACCAGUCAACUCUCAUCUGGGGCUUGUCGGCCUGCAACCCGUGCAACAGGGUAAACGCUUUCUCCUCCAAAACGGAUCAUUCAUGGCGAGUAGAUGGCAGCACAGCGAUGGGCCGCCAACUCUUCAUCACGCCAACAUUCCUGCUUCCAGAGCUUCCCGUCAAACGUAUCGACCUCAUCAUACCGUGUCAAUCAAAGCAUCCAACUGGCAUCCGGCGAAUGCUCCGCUCGUCAGCACUUUAUCACGUAUCGAGCGCGUCAGUUAGGCAAUUAGAGAUUGUGCAAUAUCUUGAGCAUAUCCUCUCUCGAUGGUCAUCCGGGAUUCCAUAUUUUGAUCAGAUCUACAAGGCUGUGCCUUUUGGUUCAAGGAUAGUUGUCGAAGAGCUCGCCGCCGAUAUCAACAAAAUCAAGGUCAGAUUGAUACCAAACAAAGGCUUUGCGGAGAAACUCGUCCCACUUGUCCAUCUUUACAACCUUUGGAAGCUGCCAGCGGGUUCUUGGCCAGUCUCCGUUCCCGUAGAAGACUUGCAACACAUAUCCCACUUGAACGGCAAUGUGUCGGUGGUGCAACUUCCACAUAAACAUGGAUCAGAACUAUUCGUCUUCAAGACGAACCUGAGGGAGCCUAACAGCAUAUACCAUGAACUCAAACUCUUGCUCACAAUGGCCCCGCAUCCGAAUAUCAUACCAAAACCUCGCUACGUGGUGACCACUGCAGACGAUGGAGCACCUUCUCCUAGGCUGCUGGGUUUUAUCCUUGACUACUAUGGAUCCGGGACGCUGCAAAGUGUACUAGAAGGAAACUCGCGUCUCCCAUUGCGUACAAAGAUGAGAUGGGCGAUGCAAAUUGUGCGUACAAUGAGUGCGAUAAGCGAAAGUCCAGCUCAGUUCUAUUCGGAUCUGAAGCCGGACAACCUCAUGCUCACGCAGGACGGCCUUGACCUGGUCUUCAUCGACUUUGAACAAGCGGGCAACUGGGACACGUUCUUGGCACCUGAGCUCUCAUACCAACUAUGGAUGGAAAAUCUAUCGCAUAACCCGGGUGUCCCACUAGCACAGCGCGAGAGAUACGAAAACAUCCUCAAGAUAGUAGGGAGGCACGGAUCAGGAGAAGAUGUUCUUGGCCCCACGGACACGUUUCGGAAUUCAUGGAAAUCUUUGCCACCUCCGGAAAGAGAACAGGCCAUGGUUUUCACUGUUGGGAAAAUUCUUUGGUGCAUAUUUGAAGAAGUCGCGCAUACCCGCAACUCGACUGACGAAAGGUACGAGAAGGAAACACCAAUAGAGUUCCCAGCCUUCUCCCGGACGCCAGAGAGCCUUAGGUCGCUGAUUCAACGAUGUACGAUGGGCGCGCCGGAGUGGACACUGAAGGCAGAAUACAAAAUCAUACGCGAGGACCUCAGGUUUGUAUCUGUGCCGACAUCGGGGGUGAUCGGUGCAGGGGACGAAUGUACGCCGCACGAAGCCGUGUAUGCUGCCAAAAGAAUGUGGACAUGUCGUGUGCGGCAAAUGCAAGAUUUUAUGGAAACCAGGGCUCGUUGGCUCGCGGGAGCUUCAGUCGAGGGAGACGACGUGAUUCUUGGGUAUCCUUGUAGACCGUCCCUUGCCCAAGUGCUGUCAUUCCUCAAGCUGGAGGACAAAGGAAAAGAUGCGGCAGAGGCUUGA